GCCGUCGUCCUCCAGCUUGACCUAUGCAGCUUCACCAAGAUGUCCCAGGAGAGGAGCGCCAUGGACAUGGCGACGAUGGUCCACGAGCUCUUUCUGACCUUCGAUAGGGGCGUCAUGCAGCGCGGCCUCUACAAGAUGGACACGGUGGGGGACGCGUACAUCGUAGCUGGAUGGCUCUCCUGCGACCGCGACUGGUUCCUGCAGGACGACACAAGAAGCCGCUGCAGUACCGUCUUGUCUCUGGCGCACCUGAUGUUGGAGUCAAUGGCGGAGUACCGGAAGAGGACGGGGAAGGAGGUGAACUGCAGGAUCGGCGUCUCCAUCGGGGUUGUUGCUACGGGGCUGCUCGGGAGGAUGCAGUCUCGCUUUCACAUCAUCGGGCAGACGAUGCUGGACGUGGACACGCUCGAGUCAAGCGCGAAGAUGAACUGCGUGCACGUUAGCGAC